AGAGGGAAAGACUGAGCACGUUCUGUGCGGUCGAGUGCAGCGUUGAGGGUGAAAGUGAGCGAGGGGGUGAGUGUGAAUAUGAUUUCCUAACUCCACCGAUGACGUAGAGAACAGCGCAGUGAAGUGUAUGUCCGGGAUAAAUGCACAGCGCGAGAGAGCAGGACAAGGACCCGCGUGACUGCUGCAGGGAGGGGAGAAGGGGGGAGUGUGUUCCACCACAAAACUCCCACUGAAGAAAAAUGGAAAAAUAAAUAUCCAAGGAAUCUCUUUCAUCAUCGCCAUCAUCAUCAGCAGCAGCUUCCAGUGGCAUAUUUAUUUCCAAUUAUAAAUAAGAAACCAUCAAAUUUAGAUGUUUUUGCUUUUUAUAUCCAAUGCAUCAUAACUAUCAUAAAAAUCAGCGUGCUUGGAUUUAUCCGCAUACAGUCUUCUUGUUUUUACUUAUCGGGGCUUAUUUCUGAAUUCCUAUCUUGGCUGGCAGCGAGGAUGCUCUAUAGCCGAAUCUAAAUGAAGACAUCCGUUCUUCCGGGCCCGUAUCCAAAGGCUUUACGCUCCACCUUUAUUCACUCUCACCGCACGCGCAUUCGUGAGGAUUACAUGUUUUACGGUAUUACGGGUUGUGAUUUUACAGAAGGACAGGGAGACGGGGACAUAGCUUGCUGUGGGCCUAAUGUGAGUCUUGUGAGCAGAUGCGGUAGUGUCACGGCCUGUACGGUGCAGAUACCGCAGUGCUGCCGGGCUGGGGAGGGGGAGAGAGAGGUGAAAAAUGACAGAGGGAUAGGAACCGAGAAAAGAUGGAUGCAUGCUGCGAGUAAAACGCGUUUUUAUUAAUAUGUACUGUAUUUUGUAAAAGUGUACCAAAGUCGCAAGAGUGACCGGACACGGUGUUUUACUCGCGGCAGCGCAACUGCUCUCGCUUUGCAAUAUGUUGUCUUAAAGUGAGCUGCAAAUGAGUUGGCCUGCGUAUUACCAUUCGCCGAGGCAGGGGGACUGUAUCUGUGGUUAAGCGAAAAGGAUGCCAUGACCGACGAGACUUCUGAUGUUCCACAAUGAUUUUGAAAAGCCUGAAAAGAUUCUUAAGACUGCUCAAACUCUGGAUCAAGCUUCCGUAGACUAGACUGGACACAGGCUUACCGUACAAAGUUAUACUGGACUGUUGCUAACUGGGCCGUGUUACUCUUGUCUAAACUUGACUGAAGAAUCCAUAUUUCCGUAUAUUUUUCUAAAUUCUUCAUCAGAAUUACACCUUACUCUUCCCAGUAAUCAUCCUCUGUAGAUUUACACCGUUCCCAUAUAUUACAACAAUUCCCUGCUUUGUAAAUUGAACUGCUCUCAAACCCCCCACCAUGCCCUCCCCAUCAGAUUCAAGUAGUGUGGUGUCGGUGUCAGGGUCCCGGGGUUUGUCAGGAAGUCGCAGGGGCAUGUCUGGGCGGGGUGGGGCACGCCUCCUGCUGUACCUGGGCUUGUGUCACCUGGGGCUGGGUGCCAUGGUUCUGGCCUUCAGCUUCACCAGCCUGGCUUUCACCUCCUCGCCCCACAUUCGACAGUCCUGUCCUUUCUGGGCUGGCUUCUUUGUGGUGGCUUCAGGACUUGUGGGGGUGAUAUCGUGGAGGAGGCCAAUGACUCUGGUGGUGUCACUGUUCAUGUUGCUGUCGGCUGUGUGUGUCAUUCUCAGUCUAGCUGGAUCAAUGCUGUCCUGCCAGAAUGCUCAGCUGGUGAAGUCAUUGCAGGCCUGCCAGGUGGAGGACGGGGUGUGCUGGUGCUGUGACACUGGAAACACCUGUUCCCUGUCAGAUGACACGCUGGUGCUGUACCCCCACACUGACUGUCACUCAGUCCGCCACCAGCUGAAGGAUCUGCUAUUCAGCGCCUGUGGUCUCAGUAUUCUCUCCACCAUCAUCUGUACCCUGUCCACUGUAACCUGCAGCAUUCACAUCUUCUCUCUGGACCUGCUACACUUGCUUGUUCCACAUCGCUCUCGCUCGGUCAACCCAGAAUGCACCACUCCGCAGGAUGCCUUCCUCACCAACAUCCUGGACUUCGAGGAGUUUGUGCCCCCCAUACCACCGCCACCCUACUACCCCCCGGAGUAUACCUGCAGCUCGGAAACCGAUGCUCAAAGUAUCACUUACAAUGGGUCUAUGGAAAGUCCAGUGCCUCUCUACCCCACUGACUGCCCUCCCCCUUAUGAGGCUGUCAUGGGACAGAGGGCAGCCAGUCAGGCAACGGUUUAUGACGCCAAUGGGACAGAGUUGUCCUGUGAGAGAGGGACGUCAACUGCCUUCAGUGGGGAGGCCUCGAUGGACAGCGGCUCCCUGCUGAUGUCAGAGAUAGUGGACAUCCCGGACGACAGCUCCCCCUCUGAGGACUCCUGUCUGCUGGAGGUGGGGGUGGGCGUGAGAGGGCGUGGCAGCAGCGGGGGCGACGGGGGCGAGUACGUCAGCUUCCGCUGCCCCUCACAGAGCCAGCCCCCCCCUGAGGUUCCCGCCAUCUGCCCCCAGCCCCGCCGCUGUUUCAGAGGAGAGAGGUCUAACUCCUGCUCCUCUCCCAGCAGCUCAGCCUCCCACAGGUCUCCAGUCUUGCGUCGCCAGGCCAUGCUGGCCAGCAGUUGCUCCCAGCUGGAGCUGCUGGGGGGCGCUGGGUCACAGCGCUCCUCCAUCCCAGAGAUCCGUGUCCGCCCUUGCACCCCGGCCCGCCGCGGCUCCGACACCCCCGCCCCCGCCACGCCUGCCUCCCCGGCGACCAAUCGCAGCAGUGGCCCGCCCGUCCUCCUCCUGCCCCCUUACCCCCGGCGUCACGGCGUCGGGCGGGACCGUCGGGACAGCGACUCCCUCCUCCCGCUGGUGCGGUCACACAGCGAGCCGGGGCUCAGCUCGUCCACAGACACAGGUGACUUCAGCGGAUCGAUUGCCAGUAAAGGAGUGAGCGAAGAAGGCUCCCAGACCUCCUCUGAAACUGGUCCAUCCUCUGAGGCAUGUCUGUUACCUCGUUCUGCUCUGGCGCCCCCUAAUGCUCUGCCCAGGAAAGGCAGUAUGAAAGCAGGGAUGGGGGUGUUGCCCUCUAAACCUCCCCCUGUCUCUCCUCUCCGCCUCCCCAAGGACUGUGCUCGCUCACUUGGAGACCUCAAGGUGACGAGAGUCCUGGUGGCUCGAUUCCUGCAGCGAUCUAAACGCAAUCUCGCUCCCUCAUUGGAUCAUGCUGGGAGUAGCGGACAAGGGCCAAAGAGGAGGGCCGGCGCUGAGGGCAACGGGACAAGUCAUCGCCCUUUCGAACAGGUCCUGCGCAACUCCUGGGGAGCCAGCAGGGGGCAGCAGUACCAGCAGCACUCCCACCAUCGCAGCCACCAUUCCCAAAGCGAGAGCCAUAGCCGUCGCCGUGACAACCCCGUGCGCGUGGAGGGCAUCCACCUGCGCAGCUGUGGGGACCUGAGCUCCACCUCCGCGGCCUCACUGCGCAGACUCCUCUCCCGGCCCCACGGCUCCUCAGGAACCUUGUACACAGAGUCUGCACUGUGAUUGGCGGAGCAGGAGGGGAUCGUGUAAGGAAGAAGGGUGGUGGAAGGAGGAAGAGAUGGGGGGAGAGACAAGGAAGUGCAGAAUUCAUUCUGUGUUGUUAGAUGACAGAGGUGGGGAAAUGAGUACACUAAUUGUGCUGUACAGUUGAGAUGAAGGAGGAGAGAGGCAUACAGAUGAGGGGGAUAGAAUCUGGGUUAAAGGGAAGCAGGGAUAUGGGGAGGGGGGUGUACUCAGAGAGUAGAGGGAGGGAGGGGAACACGGGAUCAGUUUG